UGUCGCCCGUUGUUCAAACCGGUGUAGGCUAAGGCAGGGGGGCACCUACCCAAGGGGCGCGUAAGCAUCUUCUACUAGAAAACCCUUGCUGUCGGUGUCGCCGGUCUCCACUCCCCUUACGCCCUCUGUCCUCCGAAAAGCUCGGCUGCAAGGAUGCCGAGAAAGGCGAAGCCCACUAAACACUCCUCAGCGGAGCUCAACAAGCGGGCAGCCGCCUCAUUGCAAAACAAGGGGGGAGGGUCGGCCGGGCUCGCGGACAGAAAAGGGGGCGCCGCGGGCCACUCUCGGUUCUUGUGCACAAUCUGCGGUGUCCAGGCGCCUUCGCUCACCAGUAUGAAGGCCCACCACGAGUCGAAGCAUACGAAGCUGCCUUGGGACCCGUCGCUUUACGAAGACGUGCAGGCCAAGCACGGUGGGACGACGCAGGGUGUGGCCGUGAGGGGAACCACCAAUGCCAAGAAGCUCAAGGGCAAGAACCCCAAGGCAGACCUCGAUGACUUGCUCGCAGCCGGACUACGCGCGGGCAAGAAGUAACCCCGGUCGCAGCCACGGGGCCGCCCGUCCGCCCUGCUUACUGCCUUGUAGACCAGGCGUAAUGCUAUGGUGUUUCUUGUUGCUGCGGAGGGCGAGAUUGGGACGGGAAAGGAACCGUACCGGACCAAGCCGUCGCAGCUUGUCCCACCGUGCUGUGCGAGCGUGUGAAUAAAGGGUUGAGGGCUUGAUUUGUCUUGCUGGCGUUGUUGAGUUAACCCCACAGCGCGGAAAAAAAAUGCGCUGGCGACUAGAGGGAUGCGUCCGACCCAUGCCCUGGGGUUGGACCUGGGGGGGGGAGACAGACAGCAGUCGCGGGAGGCACGCUCGUGGGAUAAGAUUUGACCAGUGUAUCUGUAUUUUUGUGGCGUGGGCAACAAGCCACAGGCAAGCAGCGGGGCGUGUUACUGCUUGGCGAUGGUAGUGUCGCCUCCCCUGACUACCUUCGUCCACCCCCACCCCCCCCGGAAUGCUCCUCCGCGUGCUCGCGCUACUGACAUUGUCGAGGGGUUAGCUGCUGUUGCGGCUGCUGUCUGCCGGUGCCAUCAUCAUUUUAUAUCACAAAUUGCGCGUGAGAGAGAUUCCACGCGCUGGUCUUGCCCACACGAUGGUGUAAGGUGUCACAUAUCUGCUCCGAUUGUGUUCGUGUUCGUCCAUGUAGCUGCCCGGGGAUGAUGGGUGGGACCGGGGGGGGGGUGGGGGGGGUGUAGUUAUGAUUUGCAUUCCUCAACGGUUAGACCAUUGACAAGUCGUCCUCGAGAGGAUUGGAGCAUUGUUCCCCCCGGCCCGAUCCCCGAGUGGCCAAUGUUUCCUUCCUAUUUUCCCAAGGGCGGCUGGGUGGGGGGGGGGGGGGGAGGCUCUCGUUCAUCCCGGCCCAUGCGGUAGCGUGAGCUAUUGAACUAGACAGGGAAGCAGAGCGUUUUCGCGCGAUGAUGAUCACCAAACCGUGAUAGCCCGCUUCCAGAGGCUGUUGGAGAUAGCGGGAUACUUCCGUACGCAGUAGUAGUACCCGAUUUCGCUGUUUGUGUUGUUUGUUUAUGUGUCGAAAGGGGCAAGAGAGUGAUUCAGCUACGGAGCCUGCACCGCUGGCACUAAUAUUUUCGUUUUGUCUGCGGCAGCCCUGUUUUUUCUCUCCUGUUGGGCCCUGUGUUUCGCACAUCCCCUACUGUCGGUGUAUGUUGGGGCGAAUCGACGUGUCCGGGCAACAUGAUCACCAAACAGUGAUAGCCCGCUUCCAGAGGCUGUUGGAGAAUAGCGGGAUACUUCCGUACGCAGUAUUUGUAGUAGUACCCGAUUUCGUUGUUUGUGUUGUUUGUUUAUGUGUCGAAAGGGGCAAGAGAGUGAUUCAGCUACGGAGCCUGCACCGCUGGCACUAAUAUUUUCGUUUUGUCUGCAGC